AUGAUUUUAAGAAGUGAAUUGUUGCAGGUGCUGCUGGUCUUCGGUUUUGUUUCCGCUCAAAACUACGAGUACGAUGGGGGUGAUAGUCCGGACUACUCGAAGUACUAUUCUGUUGAUUCCACACCUACAAUAAACCAACCACAAAAAAGUGAAUCUUCGGCAUCCGAUUUCGUAUCACCUAUAGAGUUCUCCAGUUUUUUCACGCCCUCGAAUUAUGAGUUUGGUGCCUCAAACGCUCAAACCGUUUCGAAACCAGCAAAACAGGUAGCGGAGGGCUACGAACAGCGCUCCGGUUUUCCAGAUUUCAAAUCACAGCAUCCAUUCGCCAGUAAGGAUUACUUUGAGGAGGCUCAAAAGCAGAAGAAUUCCGACAACGAUGAAGAUGAAGUAGUUAAACCAGGUCCCAGUUAUGUAUCACACAAAACCGUAGCUCCAAUCAGUAAUAAUUAUGCAAGCGAAAUCGGAGAUUUGAGCAAAGACCAAGAAUCAGUUCAGAAGUACAACCAAUACGUACCAAAAUAUCAAAACGUAAAGCAAGUAACAAUCGAACCAAAAUAUCAGAACGCCAAGCACACAGCAAUCGAUCCAAAAUACCUUCCCCAAGCUCAGACUUACCCAAAUCCAACGCCUUAUCAGAAAUACAGUUUCCAGCCGGUCUCAUCUAACGCCGAUUAUAAAGCAUACACUCCAAAAGAAAAUUACAAAGCUACUGUAACACCUACAUUUAAACCAUAUGACAUAGCUGCAAGCGAUCAAGUGGCCAAGCUUUUGAAACAAAAGAGUUGCCGAAAAGUUUUCAAGGAAGUUGUCAAAAAUGAUAAGAUCGCACCCAUGGAUUGCUACGUUUGCAAAGAUGAUUUAGGAGCAAAUUACGAAUCCUGUUCAUACACCUCAGAAACAAACCCAAAGAACUAUUAUGUUGAAUCUUCAAGAAAGAGUACCAAACCGACAAGCGAGAAGAUUGAAAAUUAUAGGUACAAGAGGUACACACCAAAAGAUGAUGAUCCAUACGAAUACGUGAAGGAACAAUCUCAAAAGUAUUAUUCGAAACCGAAAGAUUUUGAUGAAUAUUAUAAACCUGAAGAGUACCGUUUUCCAGCGGCCUAUUUCAAAGAGAACGAAGAAAAAAGUUCUUCGGAAAAAGAGUCCGAGGCUUUGGUAAAAACCGGAGAAAAUUGCAAGAAAGUAGCCAAAGAUAAUAUGCUUUGUAUGGUAUGCGUUAAUUCGAAAACUGGAGGAAACUACGAACAGUGCGCUUACUCCUCAGAACCAAACGAGAAAAAGUAUGCUUAUGUAAAGGAAAGGAACUACGACAAAGAAGACGAACCCGAAGAGACGCAAGUCACGGAGGAUAAGGCUACCGAAGAAGUUAAGCCCGUGACGACUCACAGAUCGGACGAACAAGCUAAAGAUACGAAAACAGUCGAAGACUACGCGGUGCCAACUCAUUUCCAAGAACAAAACAAAGAUAAAGAAGAUUACUAUAGCAAAUUCUUCCCAGAUUAUUCAAAAGAAGAAAGCAAAACGAACGAGAAGCAAGCAGAAUUCGCUUAUUACGGAGAAGGUGAGAAGAAAGACGUCGAAGAAGUAUUGGCCGAGUUUGCAAAGAAAGAUCGUUCCAAUUGCAAGAAAGCAGAGAAAAAAGGUAUGACUUGCUACUUGUGUACAGAUAAAAAGGGAAUGCAGCACGAGGAAUGCAUGUACGUUUCUGAAUCGAAACCUCAAUCCAAGUAUUCAGCGUAUCAUGCAGAAGCCAAAGAACCGAAAGAGGAAGUCGAGGAAAGCAAAAUUGCAGCGACCGAAGUCCCUCUACCUAAAAGUAAAACCACCUCUCUAAAGAAAGUGGAAUCUAAAUCUACAACAACAACAACGACAACAGCAGCAACUCCCACUACGAAAAAGACUAGGCAGUUCAAACGCACCAAGAAUGUUCCCAAUAACGUAGCCGCUGCUUCCACGGUCGAAGUCCAGACGGCGCUACCAGAUCCUUACAUAGCAGAGGGCGAAGAUGGUGCAUUCACAGCUGAAACAAGGCCGGUUUUCAGCAAGACACUAGGCUUCAGUCUACCUAAAUUCAUGCUCGCCAAGUCUGAAGGCGAACUGAUUUAUGAUGAGUUUGUACACGGUAAAUCUUAAGCUAAAAUAAGAUCCUCGCACAAACAAAC